GCAGGAGCGGCCUUGACCGUAGACUGAUCAUAGAGCGGGUGGAGCGGCCUGUACAGAGCGUCAGCCCCCCCGGCCCCGCCGUCACUUUGUCACCGCCAUGGAGCGCAGAUUGUCCGGCCGCAUGUGGGGCCAUCCCCCCCGGGAGGAGAAUGGACGCUUCCAGCUGCCCACACACGACUUCAUGGAGUUCCCGUUUUUGCCUGGACACCCCCAGCUGAGUGAGCGGGUGCGGAAGCGUCUCUAUUACGGGUGGGAGGCGGAUUGCCCAAUGGAGAACCUGUCCAGCCCUGUGGCCGACAUCGCUGUGGAAUUGCUACAGAAAGCAGCGCCCAGUCCCAUCCGUCGCCUGCAGAAGAAAUACGCGGCUCAUGUAUCCAGGGAGGCGUGCAUCUCUCCCUGCUCCAUGAUGCUUGCCCUGGUCUACAUAGAGAGGCUGCGACAUCGGAACCCCGAGUACCUGCAGCAGAUUUCAUCAUCCGACCUGUUCCUCAUAUCCAUGAUGGUAGCGAGUAAGUAUCUGUACGAUGAAGGAGAGGAGGAAGAAGUGUUCAACGACGAGUGGGGAGCGGCCGGGAGACUGGAUGUCCAGACAGUGAAUAACUUGGAGAUGAAUUUCCUCCGGGCAAUUGACUGGAGUUUGUACACUCAACCGAGGGAAUUCUUUCAGGUGCUGCAGUGGCUGGAGGGCCGAGUGGCGGAGCAGCAGGGUAUGAGGCGCGGCUGGUUCACCUACACGGACAUGACCGUGCUGCUGGAGCAGGGGAUGUGGCAGAAAGCCAUCAGUGACUUCUGCCAGCAAGUGACCAAGCUGGCCUGUCUCCUGAGUCUGAUGUACCUGACGGGAGUCGCCACCUUCUUCGCCUCUGUCGCCGUACUACACAAGGCUACAGUCGAGAUGAACGGCACGGCGCUUCUCCCCUGUGUCAUGGAGACGACUUCAGAUGUCCCCGUGCCUCUGAUUGUUCCGGUCCCACCAGAAGAGAUCAUCACCAGCGCUGGUGCGACCAUUCCCCCGUGCCCCCCGGAAGAGGAGAGCGCGGAGAGGCGCCAAAGCGUCACAGCUACGGCCUUGUAUCUAUGGGGCUCUGUGCUGACUGCGCUUACGUACAGCGAUCCAGGGGGAGCCACGAGUGAGGAGCCACAACCCCCUGACCAAUACUGUCCCUAUUGCUCUAAACCAAAACAGUCUACCUGGCCCAAGAUCUGCCGUCAGAAGAACGCCACCCGCUGCGGUGACAACCUGCCAGUCGCAUGUGCCUUUCCCGGACUCCAAAACUAUGGCUUCCAUGACCCUCUGCUUCACCCCGACUCCUGCGUCCUCUGUCCAGAUGGCUCCACAGAACCGGACUUGUCCAGAAACCUGGAACUAAAGACCCAUUUCUGCGGGGGCAGCAGCUUUGACAGAUUAAAGACCCUUAUCGUUCCAGGUUAUGCAAAGUUACACAGGCUCAUCCCCCCGAUAGUCCGGCCUGUGCUCUACUUCUAGGACUUCCCUUCAGGAUUGAAUCUUCUAUAUACUAUCAGUUGCGAUAGCUUUUAUUUCACUAUGACCUAUAACCUCUGUUCAUUGGGCACUUUCUGUAGAAUUUGUAGGCAGUAGUAAUAAUUUUAGCAGUUAAGGGUCCAGACGUCUUGGAGAUUCCUGUUCAGGAUCUUCUUGAGUGUCCUGUGCCUUUUAUGUGGGGAUGGACAUAACCACUUAGGUCAGUGUUUCCCAACCGGUGAAGGCUACUAUCCAGCUUUCCUAGACUCCUGAAUGGCCUAUCAGACUGGACCUUGAUUUUGU